GCCAGAUGGAAUGCCCCAAAUUGGGGCCCACAAGAUUCUGCCUUGGGCUAGUGUAGUCCUGGGUUUCCUUUCAUAAAGGAGCCGUUUCCCCAACUUCCCACUGUGGUAAAUGACUGAUUUCCCAUAAGUCUGAGUCUGCAUUUGCAAUGGAAAAACUUGGGAGUUCUGUGUAUAAAGCCAAGGGGCCCAUGGCCAGGAGUCUGGGAAUUGGAUGGGAUUCUGCCCCAAACCUGCAUUCUUUUCCCCCAUGCUGAGCAGCGGGAGUGCGGGGCCGCUUGCACAGAUGAAGCUGAUGGGCCUCUCGCCGCCUCCCCACUUCCCCCAGCACCCCCAGGAUUACUUGCAAGCUUGUAAGGGGCCCGCUCUGGAGGGCAGGGUGUGAAGAGGAAGGAAACCAGGGGGCGGUAGAAGGACUGGAACUGGCUGUGGGUGGAGCUGCAGGGAAGGGAGGGGCCGGCCGCGGCACUGCUAACUCAGGGACUGGGGACUAGCACCGCCAGGGCAGCAGGCACGCCGGCCAUGGCUGCCACCACCUCAGGUGAGGAGCGGACACUGCUGGGUUGGUUGAGCCCAGCAGAUGUCUUGGGUCCUCAGCCGCUGCGCCUCAGCCCAGGAUGGAGGGUGGGGGCGGCUGGCUCCUAGGAGGUGGAGGGCGCUGAGUCAAUCACGUCUGGACAGGGACUUCCUCCCAGAGCAGAGAUUGGACCGGGAGGCAGAAAUGUGGCUGGGCCAGCAGUCAGGCAAGGGAAGGGUGCAUGCAUUGAGCAAGGAGCCAGGGGCCUGGAGUUGACUAGAGAGACCAGGAAUGGGCUAUUUGCCCACCCCUGAGGUGGAGUUGGUACGUGGAAGAGAAUCCUUCCCUGCAUGGCUGAGUCCCAGGCCUUGUUCUGGGCACUGGAAAGCCAGGGGCAGGGCACUCCCUGGCCUCAGGAGAUGUUCUGGGGGCUUUCUUAACAGUGGUCAGGUGGAUGUAUGGGCUUUACAGAAAUCGGGGACAGGAUGCCUUUGCAAUGUUAGAGGAGUCAGAACGGGCCUCUUGGGGUUAGAGACCUGGAGAUAAGUGGGGGCUGGUGAGUCAGGCAAAGAGACUCCAUGCAAAGGCCCUGAGGUGGAAUGUGCCUUACAGAAGAGCCUGAAAGGCGGUGUGGGAAGGACUGUCAGGAGUGAGUCACCCAGAGCCUGGGAGAAGAGCAAGCUGGUGUGAGGGAGCCUUUUGCUCCUGGGGCCCUUCAGUGGAAGAAGCGUGCACUGCGUUUUCCUGCCAGUGAGGAGGAAGCCAAGAGGGCGCUGAGCAGAGGAAUGUGACCUGACCCGGGAGACUGUAGGGAGAACGGGUUGGGAUGAGAUCAGGAACUGGGAGGCUGGGCCAGAUUCUGAAGAUGGUGGCAGUGAGACUUGCUGAUGCGCCAAGUCUUAGAGGUACUGGGGCGCCCCCCCCCAAGCCUGGUGCACGGCCCUGCCCAGCCAACUUCUCAGCUGCCAUUGAUAACGUUCUCAGUGGCUUCCAGGAAAACUUUCUGUGGCCCCUGCUGGUGGGUGAGUUCCUGGUGGCCGUGGCCAGCAACAGCCUUGCCCUCUACCGCUUUAGCACACGGGAACAGCGCCCGUGGCACCCCGCGGUGGUCUUUUCAGCCCAGCUGGCCAUCAGCGACCUGCUCUAUGCCCUGACACUGCUCCCGCUGGCUGCUUACUUCUACCCGCCCAAAAAUUGGCAAUACGGGGAGCUGGCCUGCCGCCUGGAGCGCUUCCUCUUCACCUGCAACCUGCUGGGCAGUGUCUUCUUCCUCGCCUGCAUCAGCCUGAACCGCUACCUGGGCAUCGUCCACCCCUUCUUCGUCCGCAGCAGCUUGCGGCCCAAGCACGCCUGGGCGGUCAGUGCCGCAGGCUGGGCCCUGGCAGCCCUGCUGGCCUCGCCGACGCUCGGCUUCUCCCACCUGAAGCGGCCGCUGGAGGCAGGCGGCUGCACAGGGGCCCAGCCCAUGGCCUGCACCAGGUGCAUGGGGACGGCAGGUGACCACCACCUGGAGGCCUAUGCAGCCUACAGCAUGGCGCUGGCGGUGCUGGGCUGUGGCCUGCCCCUGCUGCUCACCCUGGCAGCCUACAGUGCCCUCGGGCGGGCGGUGCUGCGCAGCCACGGCAUGACAGCGGCUGAGAAGCUGCGUGUGGUGGUGCUGGUGGCCAGCGGCCUGGCCCUCUAUGCCAGCUCCUACGUGCCCUACUAUGUCACACAGGUGCUCAACGUGCACGCACGGCAGCGCUGGAGGACCCGUUGCCCGACCUUUGCCAACGAGGCUGAGGCCCAGGCAGCACUGGACUGGAGGACCUACAUGAGCCACCAGGUCACGCGGGGCCUCAUGCCCUUGGCCAUCUGCCUCCACCCACUGCUCUACAUGGCCGUGGCACCCAGCCUGGGCUGCUGCCCCCAGAGCUGCCUCGGCUGCACGGGGAGCCGAACCCCGGAGGAGGAUGCUAGGAGAUCUGGCCAAGUCCUGCCCCUCAAGAUCACAGCCACUCCCCACACCUUGGGGCCCUAAUCCCCUGAGCUUGGCCCAUGAACUAUUUUGAGCUGCCACCUUCUCACCACAAGGCACUGAGACUAGCAGCAGAAUGGGAGCUGAGAGCCUGGGAGGCCCCCAGCCCUGAGCCGCCCCAAACCACCACUUCCUCCCCUACAGAAAGACCCGCUGGGGGCCAGAGUGGGAGAUUUCUGCCUACAGCACUGAUCUUAGGGAGGGUUGGCCCUGCUAGCCACAGAGCAGGUGACAGCCGUGAAUAAACGAGAUAGAAUG